CUCAGACUGAGGCACAAAGUUUUUACUGACAACUUUACAGCUAUGGUGCGCGCUAUCGUAAGCUAGGGACUGAGAGUGCCCAGCUGAUGGGAGAAAGUAGUUGGGAAACUUUAAAAAAAAAAAAAAAAAAAGGAAAACACUUUCAGGGCGGGGAAAGUGAUUGAUUGAUCGCAAAAGGAAAUUUAACAGAUACAGGAGGUGUGAUUUCAGAGAGAGAGAGAGAGAGAGAGAGAGAGAGAGCGAGCGGUGGGGAAAAGGAGUAACUCUUUGCAAAGAUGAGCUUGUUGUCUGCCAUAGACACCAGUGCCUCUGUGUACCAGCCUGCCCAGCUCCUCAACUGGGUUUAUCUGUCUUUACAAGACACUCACCAGACCAGUGCAUUUGAUGCCUUUAGACCAGAGCCUAAUUCUUCCCACCCGGAUCUCAACUACACCAAGACUGCUGCUGCUGAUUUGAGCGCCUCUCUAAAUUCCAACUAUCUGAACAACUUCUUCCAGCUCCAGAGGAACGAGGCCAUAAAUAACAGUCUGUAUAAGAGUGCCUCGCCCUAUGGCUCCCUCAAUAACAUUGUGGAUGGACUGAGCUCCCUGACGGACCAUUUCUCUGACCUAUCUCUCUCCUCGGAGCCAAGGAAACCCAGCAAAAGACCACCUCCAAACUACCUGUGCCAUCUGUGCUUUAACAAGGGACACUACAUCAAGGACUGCCCACAGGCACGCCCAAAGGGAGAAGGCCUAACUCCAUAUCAAGGGAAGAAGCGUUGCUUUGGAGAGUACAAAUGCCCUAAGUGCAAGAGGAAGUGGAUGAGUGGAAACUCCUGGGCCAACAUGGGACAGGAAUGUAUCAAGUGCCACAUUAAUGUUUACCCCCACAAACAGCGGCCCUUGGAGAAACCUGAUGGCCUGGAUGUCUCUGACCAGAGCAAGGAGCAUCCUCAGCACCUGUGUGAAAAAUGCAAAGUCCUCGGCUACUACUGCCGCCGUGUGCAAUAAGUGACGGAAGAGAUUCACUGCCCUGUCCACCCGCUUGUCCUUCAGGAGUUCUUAGUCAAUAUGCUCUGUACAAAGUGAAAACGUGCCAAAUUGUAUCUGUCAUCACUGCCAAUAGGCCUUAAAAUACCAAUAUAAUGUUACAUAUUCACCUGUGUAGGUGUAUCAUUUUGAAAUUAUAUUUAUAGCAUUAUAACUGACCUUGGCAGUAUUAUUAUUAUUAUUAUUAUUAUUAUUAUUAUUAUUAUUAUUAUUAUUAAUAUUAUUAUUGUUGUUGUUGUUGUUGUUCUUGCCCAUAUCAGUUGCAAUAGAACACCUCACAGUGAUGUCUAUUGAUUUGUUGUUUACAGAAUCCUUUGUUUUCUUUCCUGGCCAGGUGAAGUAAAACACAUUUAAGGAGGCCCGUCUGUGCCUUUACUGUUCAUUGGGUCAAUAGCACAUUAAAUUAACUGUGAAUUAACCGAGCGGGGGUUAAAGAAUUGGUCCCCAGGUAGUAUGUUGAAUAAUGAAACUUAAGUAUUUAUUAUUGGAGAGCUGCCAUGUCUGGGUUGUUGGUUUUGUCUGUUUCUUACUGUGCAAUUCUGUUGAUUUUAGCAAGAGCAUGCACAUACCUUCUCAAACAGUGCUUCCCUUAUGAGCUCAGGAAUUGCUGUAGAUUUCUUAAGGUAUGACUUUAAUCCCAAAGGUGUGUAUCUGUUGGUCAGUUUUGCAAGAAAGCAAAUGAUCCAUGGUUAGAUUUGUAGGUUUUUCUACAGCUUAUUGCAGUUGUUAAGCUCCAUAUUUUUGAGUUUUAGUUGCGCUGCCCAUCGCUCCCAGUUAUUAAAUGUAAUACCUUCACAGAAAUAUCCUAUAAAUAAGAUAAUCAUAAAGAAUUGUGUAGUUUUGAGGUCUAAUACUUGUAUAGUAAAGUUAUUAAUUUACAGUAAACAAUAUUAUAGUAAAACCAUAGUAAUCAUUUCAAUAGGAAUCAUAUCUGUAAAAUCAUCAUAAAUGACUUUACUGAGUUAUUCACCCAAACCAAGACAAUUCUGUACUUUCUAAGACUUUUAUACUUCUUAUAACAGCUGUUCCUUAGUUUAGACAGCACUAUGUUCACAGUGUAAUAUUAAAGGGACUGAAUCUUAAGAUAUAUUUAAUACAUUAGGGUAUGUGCACUGCAGGAGUGGAAAACUGGCGUAGAAGAAAAUGAAGUGAAAAGUCAUAUUCGUUGAGAGGUUGGACUGGGGCCUUUUGGGAAUUGUGAACUGAAGUCAUGAUUUGAGUUUCUGUACUCCAUUUUUUUUUUUUAAAUGAUGCACAUUUUUUCUAUUUACAUCUAUUUUAACCUAUGUAUUUGUCCAAAAAAAUCUUUAAUAAUUCCAGUGAUUUAAAUGAAAUUACUGGUAAUUACCUGAAAUAAAUACAAUUAACAACGGUACUAACAAUUACAUAAAUGCAUGGCAAGUUGCUUAAAAAUCCUCAAACAAAUUCUGAAAAAAUUCUAAUAAUGUUGUAUUAUUUAUUUAAAAUUACUAUUAAUUACUUUGCAUUAUUAAGAAUCGCAGUACACAUGAAAUGGACAUAGUGGCAAAGGUAUUUUUAUUAAGGCAAAAAGUGAGGUGAGCUGAAUGUGUAGCUGGGUUUAGCUACCUAGUAUGAGUGGUGACACAACGUUUGAACUUGAAAUGCAUCUCGUAUGGUUAAGCCUUUAGAACCAAUAGGCAAAUUGGUUUUAAAGGUCACAACAAUGCAGUUGGUGUCAACACACGUCCAGAAUUACAUCUUUGAUGCCAGGAUGCAGGGACAGCUGUUACCUGUUAUUUCAUGAUUGAAGUUAAAUACCCCAGAGUACUGCACUGCAUCUCUGCUCAACGGGUUUUUAUAACACUCUUGUUUAAGUCAUUUAAAGUUAAUUAUAAGAAUCCAGGCAUUAUUCCAAUUGUUUUUUUUUUAUUGGAAACUCUAGUAAUAGAGGUGAACCUUCCUUUAAAGCCCAUGGCAUUUAUGGGGGCAUUCUUAACAAGUGAAUUGUAACAGACAUUUAUAAAUACAUAGUAAUGUAACAUGUUUGUUUUUUUUUAUAUGGGAAACUAAACUUGAAAUACUUACAAUAUAUACUAUUCUACUUGUGUAUGAUGUUUCAAAGAUUUUCCUGUUUACUAUAAUGAUCCUCAGCUAAAGCUAAAACUAAAGUGUAAGUUGUGAGUACUGAUGAGGAUGAUUUGGAAUUGUGUAGAAUCAUUAUCUCUUCAGUAUUUUAAGUUUUAUGCAAAGCUGGUACACACAGUACUGCUAAAAAAAAAUAUUGAGCCCAGCUAAAAUUUCACAAGUAGACGUGUAGAAAGAGAAUGAAAUGCAAUACUUUUACGCUCAAGCACUGAAAUGGUAAGCUGCCACAAAUUUUCCCCAACCCCAUUAGUUAGCCAUCCAGUGUGAACUAAAAUGUCCAACUGGCAAUUAGGAAAUGUAAUUUGAAGACAGCUCGUGGUGGACUUUACAAAGAACAGGGCUAUACAGGGGUUAUUGUAACAUAUCUGUAACAAAACAGCCAUAGUCUGACAUGCAUUGAGCUGGGUAACUAGGGUUUUUUAUACUCUUCUCAGGGUCUGAUGAAUAUGAACUUUAACCCUUUGCAGAGCCAAAUAAACAUCAGCACAGUUUUAAUACUAUAAAAAAAAAAACUAAAAAAAACCCUCCCAUUUAAUUGAAAGUGAGGAAUAGUGUUGGCAGAUUCCACCCUGGAAAAAAAAUAAAGAACCAAAAAGUGAAUUUACAGUAAUUGUUUAGUUAGGAAUCCUGGAUAAUGCCCGGAGCUGGCAAUUCAUGGGUUAAAAAUCUGGAGUGUGCGUGUGAGGGGAGUGACAUAAUAGAUGUGGACAUGUGCAGUGUUGAGCUUCACCUGACGGUGACUGAUAGUUCAAAGUGAUGAUGAUAUAUUGGGUGUGAGAUGAGGAAAGAGAAAAUGAACAUGACGACACAAUGCAUGAAUGCUAUUGAUGCCUUUGAAUUUGAUAGCUUUAAACACUACAUCAUAUAAUCUUCCGUAAGAAAAAAGUACUUUUGUAAAUUAACUCUGACUGCUAAACAGAACUUAUCCAGCUAUACAAAUCAUACUGUUGUUUUUCUUUAACACUUUUAUAUACUUGAAUAUCUGACUUGCAUGUUAUACUUGCUUUGUGUCCAUUUCCACUUAGAUUAGUUGACUUGGCAUGCUCUGGAAAUUCUGUGUAAAUGCAUCAUAGGGUGAAUGUGUCUUGACAACUGAUUAAAUCAAACCUGAGAAAUCAUGCAUGCAUGCAAAAAAAAUUAUAUAUAUUUCAGAGGAAGACCCUCGUAUGAUAACAUUUGUUUUACAACUUUUCUUUGUGCUAAUAUAAUCUUAUUUUGAAAAUGUUCCCCCAUAUUAUACCAUACCAUUUCAGUGCUUUGAGAAUUAACCUUACCUGGGUUUCUUUCCAUGAUUGUAACAUGACAUUGAAUUUGGUACUUUUUUAUUAUUUGAACUCAUCAGUACUACUUAAACAAACAGGAACCAUAAUCAAGGUCAUAUUACAAAAGUAGUAAUUGUUUAUUGUUACAGAACACCCAUGUAAUCCACAAGUUUCAGUUUCAGGAGAAAGUGAAUACAGUGAAAAACUGCUGUGAUUUGUAAGAGAGCUUUAAAGGGGACAAUCGUGUGCAGAACUAGAACUUUGACAUAUACCUGUUCAUGAAAUUUUUUUUUGCUUGCAGAUGUAUUUAUCUUGUGUUACAUAUGAUAUACUUGACUUACAGUUCCUUUUGAGUUUCAAGGUUUAUAUACCAUUUCACACAGUAUAUUAUGUGUGUAUGUUAGAAACCUUUCUAGAUGUUAAAAAUGUUCAAUGGUUGCAAAUGAUAAAAGUUCUUUCCCUGACAUAGAUAUCUUUGCAAUGACCUUUUAUUGUAUAUAUUCGAAGGCCACCAUUUUUUAAAAGGAUAUUAGUUAUUUUAAAAUGUUAUUUGCGAUGUCAAAUUUGUUUUGUUUGUUAAAAAGGGCCUUUUUAUUGGCAUACAAAUGAGGCAGUGAGUUUUUCUUAAGUGUUUUUCAAUCUGAGGGGAUAUCCUGCAGAAAAUAUUUAUGGAAAGAUGCUUUUUUUUGUCUGUAUAAAGUAUGCAACAAAACUACACUAAGAAGGAAAUAUUGAUGUCUACAUAGAAUAUUAUAUGAAGGGUACAUAAUUCUUAAAAAAGCCUUGCUCUCUUAAAAGCCUUUUUUAUUUUGUUUUUGUUUGGAUGAAAAUAUUAUCAGUAUUAAAUAACCAAUACCGUAUAUUAUUAGAGUACUUAAACUAAUAUUAUAAAAUGCUUAAUGCAGUUCAUAUAUGUGUAUUUUGGAAAGCAUUGUAUCCUUUUAAAGAGGAGUAUUAAAUUGUUAUUAAAGUUUAUUAACUAGGAGGAGUAAUUAUGUUUAUAUUACAUUUAAAAUAUGUUAUUGUGGAGGCAUGGUAAUUACAAGCAAUAUUGAGGUAUGCUUUCAUCAAUUAUGGAACACAUUAAGUUGUUUAAGAAAAUGUUUAUAACUGUUUAUUUUUUUUUAAACUGACACUCACCACUGUAUACAAGCACAUUAAACUGUGAGUUCUUCUAGUAUGCAAAAAUCUACUAAAGCAAUAGCAACAAGAAACUAAUGUGGAUAUGUUAUUUUAAGCAUAGCGUAGAAACGUAUGUUAGACAUAUAGCAAUGAUGGGAGAAGUAUGCGUAUGAUAGAAUGUGCAUGUCAUUUUAAAAUUGUUUGAAACAUGUAUGGUUUCCUUGAAAUGUAUCCUUAUGUUUAAUGCAUUUUACCAUGCUAAGAGGGAGAUUUGCCUAAUGUUCUACCCCAGUAUAUAGAAAAUAGUUAUUCACUACAUUGAAUGCUAGUGUUCACAAACUAACAUCAUACUUUACAAGAUCCCUGCUGCUUUUCUAAAUGUAAUGUAGUUUAAAUUAUAUAUAUAUAUAUAUAUAUAUAUAUAUAUAUAUAUAUAUAUAUAUAUAUAUAUAUAUAUAUAUAUAUAUAUACAGCAUUAUGGUUCCAAGUUACCAGUGUUUACUUGAUUUUAUUUUUCUAACAAUGUUAUUAAAAAAAAAUACAUGUACAGCUAAAAUGAUGUUGGACAAACACAGAGAGGCUGGAAAUGGAAAUGUACAGGGUGAUUAAAUAGGGUAGGGCAGUUCAUAGAGGUGUAUUAUCAAGGGUAUUCAUGGCAGCAUGGUGGAAUGUUCAGUGCAGCACCAGGAAGACUGCAUGGGGAUGCAGUACCAUGAGGUACCACAAGUGGGAACAGAGAGUACCACUAAUACAUUCUAUGCUGAUGAGAUACCACCAAUAACAGUGCAGUGCCCCUUAUACCCACCAAGUUUUACUUGUAUUGCCCUGUCAUGAAUAUUAUCCUUGGAGCACCUUUCUUAACUGCACUACUUUUUAAAUCACGCUUUAUGGAAAUCUGCAGACUGUAAAACUCUGCUGUAAAUGUCCAUAAAAUGGCAUUCCGUCAUGUGCCUUAUUUACUGGUUAGGAAUAAAGUUUGCUUAUAGUACUUUUUUUAGAGUUUUAUUGCUGAAUUAAAAUACUGAAAAUGUU